GACAUUGAUCCAAGUCAAUUCAAUACAUACACGCUACACCCACAGCCGUCAGCUUCUUCCUUUUCUAUACUUGAUCUAUUUUACAGCAAUCUUCAACCAAUAGGUUGUCAUCACAAUUGUUGAUCGACGGGAUUCACAAGAAUUCGGCACGGCAGUCGGACACGAAGUGGACAAUUGCCCCACGGUUUUUCUCGGCUUCGGCUCGGGCAAUGCCCCAGAAAAGGAACGAGACAGCGCCAACGGCCCAGCGACCAAAUCCACUGUUCCGCCCACUGUGGUAUCUCCAGGGCUAGUAGUGCCCACUCCCUACCUGAGACAUUAAAAUAAAAACCAACGCCUGCCCCCGGGCCGCCCGAACACCGGAACCUCCCACGGUCCAUCCAUCACACCCACGCCAUCAUCUUAUCAGAUCCUCCGCCAGUCCUGCCAUCGAUCCCCUCAUCAAAUUGACUGCAGUCGGGUGGUCAGUUCAGUCGGUUUUCUGUGCAACACCGCCUAGGUGGUCUCCUUUCAACCAGCAACGACAGACAACACUGUGUGCCAUGACGGCCGUCGCCUCUGCCGCUCAUAUGGCCGGUCAGAUGACCUCGGUGUCCAUGUCCAUUGAACAACAACAAGUGCAACAUCGGCAACGCCAAAAUCUCCAAUCUGAUAUGGACCUGUCAGCCCUACAGCAGACAUCAACAUCAUCAUCAUCAUCAUCAUCAUCAUCAUCAUCAUCAACCACAGCAGCCACCUUUGCUAAGCGGGAUUCCCCGAGUGCCGUCUCGACCCCCGCCACUUCGGCCCCCUCUCCAACCUCAAGCUGUGGCGUCUCCACUCCGGCAUCAUCGACUUCCAUCACUGCCAACACCACCACCACCAACCUCACUGGCGUGCCUCCCAUUGCGCCUCGUCCCAGCGUCGCACCCAAACCUGCCCCUAUUAGAGCCGCCUCCGUAUCUAGCCAAGGUGCCAUGUCGCCCGUCGACUGCCCUACUCCUGGGGGAGGAGGUCCUUUGAGCAUGACCACUAAGGAAUGGGUCAUCCCUCCCCGACCAAAGCCUGGACGUAAGCCUGCCACCGACACGCCCCCUACUAAGCGCAAGGCACAGAAUCGCGCUGCUCAGAGAGCUUUCCGCGAGCGCAGGGCCGCCCGCGUCGGCGAGUUGGAGGACCAGCUGGAAGAGCAAAAGGAGGAACAUGAGCGCGUUGUGAGCGAGCUCCAGGGCCGCAUCAGCCAUUUCGAGGUCCAAGUUCAGACCCUGCAGUCGCGUUGCCGCUGGUUGGAGGACAUGUUGGAGAAGGAGAAGCAGGCUCGCAACACGCUGAAGAAUUCUUGGGACAACAACAACAACAUGUCGCCGCAGUCCUUCCUAUCACAACAGUCCAACGGCUAUACUCUACAGCAACAGCAACAACAGCCUACGCAACAGACACAGCUGGCGCCCAAGGUGGACUCCGUCCCCAUUGCAGAGCCACGACCAACUGCUCAGCCCUUCUCCAUCUCUCAGAUCAUCUCGCCACCCGAGGAGGCUCCCCAGUCCCCACUAGACGUCACCUGCGGUAACUGCCAGAGCAGCGGCUCAUGUGCCUGCGCUGAAGAGCUCAUGCAAAGUUCCAACGUCUUGAUGGGCUGCGGCGGAUGCACUCCCGAAGGAAGGUGUGCUUGUCUAGAGGAGUCCAUCCGCGUCUUGGCGGCCGCCGACCUCAAGAGGCCACUACCUCCCAGCUCGCCCUCGUUGGGUCCGGACGAGAAGAGGCAGCGCUCUGAUGCUGGCGUCGAGGACAUGCAGUUGGAGACUGACUUUACUGCCUUGUUCUCGUCCAAGAAGCCUGAGACAACCAUGACCCCCCUUCCAGCGCCUGCCCAGCAGCAGUCCCAACCUAUAACCUCCGUCGAGAUGCACGAGUCGUGCGGGUUCUGCAAGGACGGGACUUACUGCGUGUGCGCGGAAUCUAUGGCCCUUUCGGCCGCCUCCAUGACCGUCGCCUCGGUGGUUCAGCAAGUCCAGAUGCACACACCGCCGCCAUCCGAGAACGAUGUCGUCCCCAUGCCUUUGGAAGUCACGGCUACGGGUGCUGUCAAGCUACCUAGCUUCGGUUCUCUUAACCGCGCCAGCAACACCAACCAAGAUAUGCAAUCCAAGCGCCCCGUCAAAACCGGUGGCUGUGGCCCCGGUGGCCCCGGCACUUGCGCCCAGUGUCUAGCUGAUCCCAAGUCCGGCCUGUUCUGCCGCUCCCUUGCAGCCAACUUUGAGCGCAACAGGCAACAGACUGACAACAGCAGUAGCGCUGCUCCCCCGUCCGGGUGCUGCGGCGGUGGCGGUCCCGGCGGCGGAUGCUGCAAGACUGAAAAGCCCGACGACAACGAUGAUGUCGUCCCCAUCAACCUCAACCGCUACAAGACCGCCAAUCAACUACCUGCUCCCACACCAUCCAACCCAAUCUCUUCCUCAUCUUCUUCCUCCAACAAUGUCGCUGCCAGUAACUUCGCACUCUCCCUCUCCUGCGCCGAGGCUUACAAGACUAUUGCCUCUCACCGGCACUUUGAGGAAGCAGCUGAUGACAUUGGCUCGUGGCUGCCCAAGCUGAGAGCGGUGCCUGCUAACCCACCGCCUAAUCGAGGCAGUGUAAGCCUGCAGCAAUCGUCGACGGGCAAAGCGUGGGCGCCGAUCGAAGUAGAGGCCGCAAGUAUCAUGGCGGUACUUAAGGGGUUCGAUGUCAGGUUCGGGAGGGGUGAGUGAACUGGGCCGCGAAUAUCCUGUAGAGUUUCCGCAUAGGUGUGAUGCUCUGUGUUGAACAGUCCGGCUAUUACGGGGAUCUGUCGGUAUUUCUGGCGUUUGUUGGUCCGGCGCAUGCCGGCUUGACGUCAAUAACCCAACAUUCAUGUCCCGCUACCCAGCUUGUCUCGACGACAAGUGGUGCAAGAAAGCGGAGGGGAGGUUCAGGCCUCCAUUUCCUCAUGCGGCCAAAUCUGCGGCCUAAUCCAAUCAUCACACCCGCCACGGCCACACCGCCAAUCCUGUGCAUCAACGUCAGUCGUCUAGGUCACAUCUUGCGACCGUUCCCGCAGCUCCCGCAGUUUCCAUCCAUCUUUAUCCCCUCAUGCCUUUUGGUUUGGUAUUUGCAGCCUUUGCCCAACGUCUUGAUCAUUCGCUCGCUGCCGGCCGAUAGACUGGUGGCCGAGUUGGUUGGGUUGGUAGAGAAAGCAGGCAUAUGUUGGCCUAUCAUAUGCAUCGUCGUUUUGUCACUUGCAUCUUUGACAGUUGUGCUGGGGGAUGGAGAUGGUAAUGAAUACUGCUUCAUGCAUAUAGACGCGCAAGCGGAUGAAUCGAGACGGGAGAUGAGGGGUCGAGGGGAUAUUGACGAUGGCAGUGAGCGAAGGGGGAAGGAGAUACAGUUCUCGCUUGACAGAACCGAGAGGUUCACCAAAGCAAGCGAGGCAGACGCAGAUGUCGUGGUUCGUUUGAUGGUGGCCCAUGAUAUAAAAGCACGAGGGGGAAAUAUGAAAAGCAUAUGACGAGGGAAUCGCAAAAGGAGGGGGAACAACGGAAACGAAAAGGGAAUGAAUGGGUAUUUUGAGGCUUUGGUGUUGCAUAUCAUAUAUUCUGUACUAACAGUCAUUAUCGAGCGCAUUGGGCGGGUUGUUUGCUGUCUUUAUCUUGAUGUAUACGUAACUUGCUAGCAUUUAUGCUUCAUGUUGUAAUUGAUGAACCCGCAUGUCGUCUUUUGUCAGUUUCGAUGAGACCAAUGCUAGCGUAUCGCGAUUUCCA